AUGUCCUCAAUUGUGUGUCAAGGGUUGCGAUCAUGCCUUGAGCCUCGGCUCAUCCAACCUUGUGUUCUGAGGCACAAAUUGGCUCCACCAAAGGCAAAAGUUUUGCAAUCCAUUCCGAAUACAUCGGGAAAACUUGAACACACUGAAAAUUCUCAUUAUGAGGACGAUGAACAUGACAACAACAGCAGCGAAAACAACGAUGGUCGUGUUGAAGGUAAUCACAAAAGCAACAAUAAUGGUGACUCGGGUGGCUGGAGUUUCUUACAAGCUCUCACCAACAAACCUUUCAAUUCCACAGAAUUGGUUGACACCCAGAAAGUGUAUGUUCACCCUCUUGUCAAGCGUUCUUCUUCCACUCUGAGCACAAAAAGCUUGGACAUGUGCACUGAAAGUUUGGGAAGCGAAACGGGUAGUGAGGUAAGCGAAAGCAUCGACGAAUUCUCUUCUCUUUCUUGGGAGGGACCUAACUUUGGUGCUUUACAGCGAUCAAAAUCUCCCGAAUUCUCUAAGAAACUGAAUGGUAGUGGUACUUUUCCACCUCCCCUGACUUCGAUCAGUGGCUCUGAUUGUGUUCGAGUAAGGCCUCAUCGUGAAGAUGGCCGACUAGUCAUAAAAGCUGUCACUGUUCCUUCUUCCAACACUAACUUUCAAGCGGAGCGUGUCAAUGGCCGCCUUAGGCUUUCUUUGAAGAAGGAUUAUUCUUUUGAUUGUAACAACGAGGUGAUUAUGAACAAAGAAACAGAGUCCAACGAAGAAGAUGAAGAUGAAGUUGCAGAACAUGCAAAUUUUGGUGAAGAUGAAGUUGUAGAACACGAUGACGAUGACAAUGAUGACGAUGUUAAUAGUGUUGAUGGUGAUGGCGACAACGAUAAUCAUAAUGGUGGUUACUGGGGAGAGGGCAUGGAUGGAGAUGGAGGGAAUGUUGGGUUUGAGGUUGGGAUUGGAGAGCUUUCAAAGCCAAGGAGGUGCAAAGAGGGUGGUAAUAGGAACAAAGGGAUGCCAAAAUGGGGGCCACUUUGGGUGCAGGCUACUUCUUGA